CCUUGCUGUCUCCCUGUAUCCUCUUUAUUUCCUCUCCUCCGUCUUCCACCGAUCUCUCACAUUCCCUUCCCAUCUCGUGGUUGUUUCACACAUCAAUAAAAUAUGGCCAGCACAAUAGCACGUACUGAGGAACGCCAGAAUGCUGGCACCAUGGAACUCAAAGAUGACACUGUCAUCAUAGUAUUGGGUGCCUCCGGAGAUCUUGCAAAGAAGAAGACCUUCCCGGCACUUUUCGGCCUUUAUCGCAACAAGUUCCUCCCCAAGGGUAUCAAGAUCGUCGGAUAUGCCCGGACAAACAUGGACCAUGAGGAGUACCUGAGGCGUGUGCGCUCAUACAUCAAGACCCCCACCAAGGAAAUCGAAGAGCAGCUGGACAGCUUCUGCCAGCUCUGCACUUACAUCUCCGGUCAAUACGACAAGGAUGACUCGUUCAUCAACCUCAACAAGCACCUCGAGGAGAUUGAGAAGGGCCAGAAGGAGCAGAACAGAAUCUACUACAUGGCCCUCCCCCCUAGCGUUUUCACCACCGUUUCCGACCAACUCAAGCGCAACUGCUACCCCAAGAACGGCGUUGCUCGUAUCAUCGUAGAGAAGCCUUUCGGCAAGGACCUUCAGAGCUCGCGCGAUCUCCAAAAGGCUCUGGAGCCUAACUGGAAGGAAGAGGAGAUCUUCCGUAUCGACCACUACCUGGGUAAGGAGAUGGUCAAGAACAUCCUUAUCAUGCGCUUCGGAAACGAAUUCUUCAACGCCACCUGGAACCGCCACCACAUCGAUAACGUUCAGAUCACAUUCAAGGAGCCCUUCGGUACCGAGGGACGUGGUGGUUACUUUGAUGAGUUCGGCAUCAUCCGUGAUGUCAUGCAGAACCACCUUCUCCAGGUGUUGACGCUGCUCGCUAUGGAGCGCCCCAUUUCCUUUUCCGCUGAGGACAUCCGUGACGAGAAGGUUCGUGUCCUGCGUGCGAUGGACGCCAUUGAGCCCAAGAACGUCAUCAUUGGCCAGUACGGAAAGUCUCUUGAUGGCAGCAAGCCCGCCUACAAGGAGGAUGAGACCGUUCCCCAGGAUUCCCGCUGCCCCACCUUCUGCGCUAUGGUCGCCUACAUCAAGAACGAGAGGUGGGACGGUGUUCCCUUCAUCAUGAAGGCUGGCAAGGCCUUGAACGAGCAGAAGACCGAGAUCCGCAUCCAGUUCCGUGACGUUACCUCCGGUAUCUUCAAGGACAUCCCCCGUAACGAGCUCGUUAUCCGCGUCCAGCCCAACGAGUCCGUGUACAUCAAGAUGAACUCCAAGCUGCCUGGCCUGUCCAUGCAGACGGUUGUGACUGAGCUCGACCUCACCUACCGCCGCCGCUUCUCCGACCUCAAGAUCCCCGAGGCCUACGAGUCUCUGAUCCUGGAUGCUCUGAAGGGCGACCACUCCAACUUCGUCCGUGACGAUGAGCUGGAUGCCAGCUGGAGGAUCUUCACCCCUCUCUUGCACUACCUGGAUGACAACAAGGAGAUCAUCCCCAUGGAAUACCCCUACGGCUCCCGCGGACCCGCUGUCCUUGAUGACUUCACCGCGUCCUUCGGCUACAAGUUCAGCGAUGCUGCUGGCUACCAGUGGCCCUUGACUUCCACCCCCAACCGCCUGUAGAUAAGGGCGGUCGGCGUGUUACGAUGGAUGAAGAUGAAAAACAAAAAAAGAAAGUGCCACAAAAAGGCUAAAAAAAGAUGUUAAUGCGAUUGAUUUUCGGUCGAAAAUCAUGGUAUGACGGGGCAUCUGGGAUGAUAUGACAGAAAUGAAGCACUCGGGACUAUUUAUCGGUCGGCUGGGCAAUGACUG